UUAUCUGACUUCAAACCACGGCUAUUGAUACACUUAUGAUAUAGGUUCUACUUUUUAAUACUUAUUAUAAAAUUGUCACAUUUUUCAGAUUUUUAAUUUUGCUAAAACAAAAAAACUGUUUGUUAGAUUUAAAUAGCAAGUACAUCAAUAUACAUUGAAAGAAACUAUUUAUUUUGUAAAUGAAUAAUAUUUUAUCUUAAUUUAUUUCUCAUCAAUUUUUGUAUUUAGUUAAAAUGACUAAUAUUAGUAUUAAAUGUCAAAAAUGUCGAUUUGAAUUAGUAUCAAGUGAGAGUUCAUCGAUUCUUGAUUGCCACGAAAAGCAAAUUCAAAAUACAGCUAGAGUUACAUAUAGUUGUAACGAUAACGUAAUGGAAAAUAAUUGGUAUAUAUCAUCUACUACUUUACCUGAAUGGAUAAAUGCAGCUGUCGAAGAAGAUGAUUGGCAAAAGGGUAAAUUGAGUUGUCCAAAUUGCAAUUUAAGAGUUGGUUCUUUUGACUUUGUUGGUGGUAUGAAAUGUCCAUGUAAAAAAUAUGUAUUACCUCAAAUCCAUGUAGUUAAAAGUAAAGUAGAUAUUUAUUUUCGAUAAAAAUUGUUUACUCAUCUUCUAUUAAAAAUACGUAUGAUUUAUUGAUUUUUGUUAAUACAUAAAGAGUGUAAUCUUAUUCCAAUAUACUACAACAACAAUUAAAAUGUUUUAUUGAUUGUUUAGAAUUUUAUAUUUGCACCUGUACAAUCAGAUUUCCACUCUAAAUAAAUUUGAAUUUUUGGUAA